AAAAAAAUUAUAUAUGGUAUUUCAUUUCAAGUAAAUCUUUUUUGCAUAUUCCAGAAUCCGCAGAUAAUCCUUUCUCAUACAUAUCAUAUCCAACCAAACAGACCACUACAGCUGUGGUGGCGCUUCUCUGCUUUUUUUCAGUAUUUAUUAUUUAUUAUAAGCUUUAUUAGAAGUGUCUGCGUGUAUAUGUAUAGAGAGAGAAGCUCUGGUGUUUUGUUUUGAAGAGUGAAGGGAGAUUCAUUUCAUAUACACAGUACAGAGAUGGAAGAGGAAGGAGGAGAAAUGGAGAAGAAGAUAAAGAUAGGAGUCUGCGUGAUGGAAAAGAAGGUGAAAUGCGGAUUCGAGGUGCUAUCAGCUCCAAUGGGACAAAUCAUGGAUAGAUUACAAGCAUUUGGUGAAUUUGAGAUUAUACAUUUUGGGGAUAAAGUCAUUGCUGAAGAUCCAAUUGAGAGCUGGCCAAUUUGUGAUUGCCUGAUUGCCUUCUACUCUUCUGGAUAUCCCCUUGAAAAGGCUGAGGCAUAUGCUGCUUUAAGGAAGCCUUUUCUAGUGAAUGAAUUAGAGCCACAACACCUUCUUCAUGACCGAAGGAAAGUAUACCAGCGUCUUGAAAUGUAUGGUAUCCCUGUUCCACGAUAUGCGCUUGUGAACAGGGAAUUUCCAUAUCAAGAGCUGGAUUAUUUUUCCGAGGAAGAAGAUUUUGUUGAGGUUCAUGGCAAUCGCUUUUGGAAGCCAUUUGUAGAGAAGCCUAUUGAUGGGGAUAAUCAUAGUAUCAUGAUUUAUUAUCCAAGCUCAGCUGGUGGGGGUAUGAAGGAAUUGUUUAGGAAGGUUGGUAACCGGUCAAGUGAGUUCCACCCAGAGGUUAGAAGAGUCCGACGGGAAGGCUCUUAUAUAUAUGAAGAAUUUAUGCCAACAGGAGGAACAGAUGUCAAGGUAUAUACUGUUGGCCCUGAAUAUGCGCAUGCUGAGGCAAGGAAAUCUCCUGUUGUUGAUGGUGUUGUUAUGAGAAACCCUGAUGGAAAGGAAGUGAGGUAUCCUGUUUUGCUGACACCUAAUGAAAAGCAAAUGGCAAGAGAGGUUUGCAUUGCGUUUAGGCAAGCGGUUUGUGGGUUUGAUCUCUUGCGAUGUGAAGGGCGGUCAUAUGUUUGUGAUGUGAAUGGGUGGAGUUUUGUGAAAAAUUCCUACAAAUAUUAUGAUGAUGCUGCUUGUGUAUUGAGGAAGAUGUUCUUAGAUGCCAAAGCUCCUCACCUUUCAUCAACAAUUCCACCCACUUUACCAUGGAAAAUCAAUGAACCAGUCCAGCCUUCAGAGGGGCUGACUCGUCAGGGAAGUGGGAUUAUUGGCACGUUUGGGCAGUCUGAGGAGCUACGCUGCGUGAUUACUGUUAUGCGACAUGGUGAUAGAACUCCCAAACAGAAGGUGAAAUUGAAGGUUACUGAGGAAAAACUGCUAAACUUGAUGUUAAAAUACAAUGGGGGACGACCUAGAUCUGAGACAAAACUAAAAAGUGCUAUUCAGUUGCAAGAUCUAUUAGAUGCAACACGAAUACUUGUACCUCGUAUAAGACCUGGUCGUGAAAGUGAUAGUGAGGCAGAAGACAUUGAGCAUGCUGAAAAGCUUCGCCAAGUUAAAGCAGUGCUUGAGGAGGGUGGCCAUUUUUCUGGCAUCUAUAGGAAAGUCCAACUAAAGCCACUAAAGUGGGUCAAAAUUCCAAAAAGUACCGGUGAAGCUGAGGAAGAACGGCCUGUUGAAGCUCUCAUGGUUCUUAAAUAUGGGGGUGUUCUUACCCAUGCUGGCAGAAAGCAGGCAGAAGAAUUGGGUAGAUACUUUCGGAAUAACAUGUAUCCAGGUGAAGGUACAGGUCUGCUACGCCUGCAUAGCACGUAUCGUCAUGAUCUUAAAAUUUACAGCUCUGAUGAGGGCCGCGUGCAGAUGUCUGCAGCUGCAUUUGCUAAAGGCCUCCUUGAUCUGGAAGGACAGCUAACACCAAUCCUGGUUUCACUUGUCAGCAAGGAUUCGUCGAUGUUGGAUGGACUUGACAAUGCCAGCAGUGAGAUGGAAGAAGCUAAGGCUAGGUUGAAUGAGAUUAUAACUUCCAGUACAAAGGCUGCUAAUAGCAAUGAAUCCCCUGAAUUUCCUUGGAUGACCGAUGGAGCUGGACUACCCCCAAAUGCUUCUGAACUUCUUCCUGAACUGGUAAAAUUGACCAAGAAGGUCACAGAACAAGUGAGACUGCUCGCCAAGGAUGAAGAUGAAGAACUUACAGAGACAAGCUCAUAUAAUGUUAUUCCCCCAUACGAUCAAGCAAAGGCCCUUGGUAAAAUAAAUAUAGAUGUUGAUCGUAUUGCUGCAGGGUUGCCCUGUGGUAGUGAGGGAUUCCUUUUGAUGUAUGCACGCUGGAGAAAACUGGAAAGAGACUUGUAUAAUGAACGCAAAGACCGAUUUGAUAUAACACAAAUUCCUGAUGUCUAUGACUCUUGCAAAUACGAUUUGUUGCACAAUGCUCAUCUUAAUCUAGAAGGGCUGGAUGAACUCUUCAAAGUUGCUCAGUUACUUGCAGAUGGUGUCAUCCCAAAUGAGUACGGGAUUAAUCCAAAGCAGAAAUUGAAGAUUGGCUCCAAGAUUGCUCGCCGUUUGUUGGGUAAAAUACUAAUCGACUUGAGGAACACCCGGGAGGAAGCCAUCAGUGUUGCAGAAUUAAAAAGUAAUCAAGACCAACAUUCAACAUCGACAAAGAAUGAAAAGGAGGAUGCAGAUUAUCAGUCGAAGCUUUUCAUUAAGAAUGAAGACACAAGAAGAACUAGCACAAGUGAAAUUUCAACAGACCACGACGACGAUGAUGAUAAAGAGACAAAAUACCGUUUGGAUCCAAAGUAUGCAAAUGUCAAGACACCCGAACGUCAUGUCCGGACACGACUUUAUUUUACUUCAGAAUCUCAUAUCCAUUCCCUUGUGAAUGUCCUCCGUUAUUGUAAUUUGGAUGAAUCUCUUCAAGAAGAGGAUAGUCUUGUUUGCCAUAAUGCUUUGGAGCGCCUGCACAAAACCAAGGAGCUUGAUUACAUGAGUUAUAUCGUACUGAGGAUGUUUGAGAACACCGAGGUUCCAUUGGAAGACCCAAAAAGGUAUCGCAUAGAGAUGACAUAUAGCCGUGGUGCAGACUUGUCCCCCUUGGAGGAUCAUGGUUAUCAGCAAGAUGUCAAGACAGAAAUACUUCAAUUUGUGAAGUGGAAUGAUUCCAGGGGUGAUGUUUACAAGCUCUACUCUUUUUUCUUUUUCUUUUUCUUUUUUUUCCAGAAGAACGACAGUGAGGCCAACUCAUUGCACCAGGAACAUACACUGCCUAUUAUGGGUCCUGAAAGAUUGCAAGAAGUAGGAUCAUAUCUCACAUUAGAGAAAAUGGAGACGAUGAUUCGGCCGUUUGCCAUGCCAGCAGAAGACUUUCCUCCACCUUCAACCCCUGCAGGAUUCUCCGGCUACUUCUCAAAAAGUGCAGCAGUACUAGAGCGCUUGGUGAAUCUUUGGCCUUUCCAUAAGCAUGAUAAACAUGCUAGUGCUAAUGGAAAGUAGCUUUUUCACUUUAAAAAACAAAAAUCAUAUUACUUUCAUUUCUUUCUGUUCUUUUUUUUUUUUAAUUUUUUAAGUUCGGCUUAGAUUUCCCAUUCUUUUAUUGCCUUGCAUGAUGUGUCUUAAGCUUUAGUGCGUGCUGGUUGGUCUUACAGCCAAGGUGAGUUUUGAGCUCUCCUGGGAGAAAAUUUUGGAGCAAACUAACAACUUUCGACAGAGAGAGAUUGUUAGUUGAAGUAACUGUAGCUAAAACAGAUUCUGUUAACAUUUUAGUAUUGUAUUUAUUUAUUUAUUUAUAAUUAAUGGGAAUAGCUUGAUUAUAAACAAA